AUGAAAACCUCAAAGGCAUCCCAGCGCUACAGAAGCAUCAGGAGAAAUGCCAGCCAGUGCUACCUCUACCAGGACGCUCUGCUGCUUGGUAACUCCGAUGACAGCUUUAAUGCUGAUGAAACGGGGGACAGCAGUGAUCCAGAACAAAUCUUCCAGAACAUACAGUUUCAGAAAGAUCUCAUGGCAAAUAUUCGCUGCAGACCCUGGACCAUGGGGCAGAAGCUGCGGGCACUGAGACGAGCAAAGGAGAUUGUACUGAAGUUUGAAGGGAGGUUGACUAGAACCCGAGGCUACCAAGCAGCAGGAGCAGAGCUCUGGCGGAAAUUCGCCCGUCUGGCCUGUAACUUUGUGGUCAUUUUCAUCCCCUGGGAAAUGAGAAUAAAGAAAAUUGAGAGUCACUUCGGAUCUGGUGUGGCCUCCUACUUCAUCUUCCUGAGGUGGUUAUUCGGGAUUAACAUAGUCCUCACGAUGAUGACUGGUGCGUUUAUUGUCAUUCCCGAGCUGAUCGCAGGCCAGCCCUUUGGAAGUACCACCAGCAAGACCAUCCCCCAGGAGCAGAUCACGUCUGCACAAGAUCUGGACACGGUCUGGUCCCUGGGGGGCUACCUUCAGUAUUCCGUCCUGUUCUACGGGUACUAUGGAAGGGAGAGGCGGAUCGGGAGAGCCGGCUACCGCCUGCCCUUGGCGUAUUUCCUGGUGGGGAUGGCAGUGUUUGCUUACAGCUUCAUCAUUCUCUUAAAAAAAAUGGCUAAGAACUCCCGCACCAGCCUGGCCAGCGCUUCCAAUGAAAACUACACCUUCUGCUGGAGGGUUUUUUGUGCCUGGGAUUACCUCAUUGGGAACCCAGAGGCUGCAGAGAGCAAAACAGCCGCCAUUGUGAACAGCAUUAGGGAAGCCAUACUGGAAGAGCAAGAAAAAAAGAAAAACAAAAACAUGGCAGUGACUGUGUGUCUGAGAAUCAUUGCCAACAUCCUAGUGCUUCUCUCACUGGCUGGGAGCAUCUAUCUCAUCUACUUUGUGGUGGACCGGUCCCAGAAGCUGGAGCAGUCGAAGAAGGAGCUGACCCUUUGGGAGAAGAACGAGGUGAGCGUUGUAGUCUCCCUUGUCACCAUGCUAGCACCAUCUGCCUUUGACCUCAUCGCUGCCUUGGAGAUGUACCACCCACGAACGACACUGCGCUUCCAGCUAGCAAGGGUCCUGGUACUGUAUCUAGGAAAUCUCUACAGCCUGAUCAUUGCUCUUCUGGACAAAGUGAACAGCAUGAACAUUGAGGAAGCUACUACUAAAAACAUCACAACCCACUGGACAGAUUCUUCCACUGUCUAUGCCACCAGGACAGUGCCUGAAGAAGGACAAUGGUCUGGGUCAGGAGUGGAACUCGGGAGAAACACCAGCACCUGGGUCUUGGAAGAGACAAGCCUUCUGACUUCUACCAUGAUACACCCAAAGGCCAACAAGACGGUGUCCUACAUGCAGGGCCCACAAGGCCAGUGCUGGGAGACAUAUGUUGGCCAGGAGAUGCUGAAGCUGUCUGUCAUUGACAUGCUCUUCACGGUGGCCAGCAUCCUCCUCAUAGACUUCUUCCGAGGACUUUUCGUUCGCUACCUGAGUGACUACUGGUGUUGGGACCUUGAAAGCAAGUUUCCUGAAUACGGAGAAUUCAAGAUUGCGGAGAAUGUGCUGCACCUCGUCUACAAUCAAGGCAUGAUCUGGAUGGGGGCCUUCUUCUCUCCGUGCCUGCCAGCCUUCAAUGUCCUCAAGCUCAUUGGGCUGAUGUACCUGAGGAGCUGGGCGGUGCUGACCUGUAACGUACCUCACCAGCAAGUGUUCCGGGCGUCCAGAUCCAACAACUUCUACCUGGCGAUGCUCCUCUUCAUGCUGUUCCUCUGCAUGCUGCCGACCAUCUUUGCCAUUGUCCACUACAAGCCGUCCCUGAACUGCGGCCCCUUCAGUGGACAAGAGAAAAUUUAUGACAUCGUGUCAGAGACGAUAGAGAAUGACUUCCCCGCCUGGUUUCACGCUGUAGUUGGACACAUCAGCAGCCCUGUGGUGAUCCUUCCAGCUGUGCUGCUUCUGUUCAUGCUCAUCUACUACCUCCAGAGCAUCGCGAGGUCGCUGAAGCUCAGCAGCCAGCAACUCAGGAUGCAGAUCCAAAAUGCAAGAUCCGAAGAUAAGAAGAAGGUUGCCCAAAUGGUAGAGGCUCGGAUCCAGACUCAUGAAGAAAGCACCAAGAGGCUUCUAAAGGAUAGUGACCUCCUCAGCCAGCUGUCCUCAGCUUACAUGGCAACACCCCAAAACAAUGGCAAUGUGGUCAACUUUGACUCUCUGAGUAGCAAGAGCCUCAGGAUGGAAAGAGUCACAAGGUCCCUGCCCCAGAGUCCUGGGCAAGGGUCCAGGAGCCCCUGUUCUCCUCUUCUGGGUGGAUCUAGGUCACGGCCAGAGCAGGAGACCAAUAGGUAUCCACCUGGGCCGUGUGCCAGCACAGACAACGUCCACAAAAACAGAUCCCGCUCAUCUGUGACACAGACACAGCCCCUCAAAGGUGUCCGCUCUGAGCCUCUUUCCCGAAAAGACUUUCAGCCAAUCAGACCUCCUUUCUGUGGACCUGGGGUCUCUACCUUGAUGACACACAGCCGCAGACCCCGUGUUCCCAGAUACUAUGUUGUUAAGGAACGUGACUCUCACAAAAAGACCCACCCAGCUUUCUGGCCAGAAAGACAUUUCAAGAUAGAUGCUUUAGGUGACAUUGUAGAGCUGUAUCCCAGGAAUGAACAGCAGUACAUUUCAUGGGACCCCCACCAGCCUUGCUCUCCGCAGAUGAGCGAAGAAGAGGAAGAGACACUGAGGAGAGAUUUGGUCCAAUGGCUGAUGCCCCCUGGCUCCCUGACAGACCUUCCUCGGGCUUCUUGUUUUUAUACUGGUGACAGAUCAGGAAGUGACACCAGAGACCCCGAGUACCAUCGAAGGGUAUACUACAGAUCUGGGGAUAAGGGUUUUGAAAGCCAGAUAGACAGACCCACAUUUGUUCACAAAAAGCCACGAUCCAGGAAUGCCCAAUACCCACAGCAUCCUCUGAAGGCCAGAGUCAAGACCAAGUUUGAGCCAUCCUUCACAGAAUCAGAUUCUGUGUCAGCAGCAUCCAGCAGUGACCAACAAAACAGCAACAAUGACCAAUACCUGCAGGUCAUGUCCACCCAGGGCAGAUUCCCAAGGUCUGCCAGCCAGCUGGGCAGGAGGAAGGCUAAGUCCAGGCAGGUACUGCCCACGGAUCUAAAUGACCUGAUUUGUUCAAAUGUCUAG